GCUGUCGGCGCUCAACAGCAGAUGGAAUGUCAGGGAAUGUUGAAAACGCCUACGUUUCAUUGUCACGUUUGCUGUCUACGGCUAAAAUGAGCAUGGUUCAAUUCUUUCAUCGCGUUAGGAAAUGGGCUGACAUGACUGAUAUGGCGGAUGAGAUGAGAGACCGUCUCGAACUACUGGAGCGUCAAUUUUCUGUUUCGUCUGUAGUUUUCCGCAAUUUCGGUCGGUCAUUUGGUGUCCUAUUUUCCGACACGGAUUAUGAAACUAGUCAAAUGCAUCCUACGGGUUCAGAUUUAUUCCGAUUGACGUGGCUGUUAUUCAUUAAGUCUCGAGCGAGUUUUCCAGCAGUCACAGAUGAUUUGGUCAACUCCUACCACUUAUUGGCGUGUUGUUUAGACUGGGUGUUAGGAGCAACUAUGGUUUCCAGAAGACGUGAUUUAAUCAAUAUGGAACAAAAUGGUUUGCCCAGGGAUUUUUUAAAUGCAGUCGCUCAAAACAAAACCUGGUGUCCACCGCAUGAUCAACCGACCUGUAUGCUGCGUCCAAUAUGUGAGGAUAACGAUGUUAAUUAUGUUGAGUGUAAAACUGUGAAACAGCACUUUUUCCGAACGUUCACGGCGCGAUUAAUCGAAAAAGAGUUAAUAAAAAUUCAUCCCUCGGUUCUUGGAAGUUUAUUAGAACCAGAAAAUUUUGAAGCAACACUUCAAAAUUUAAAUAAUAAUUAUGAAGAAUACAUCAUUGGAACUGGAGAUUUCGAUGAACGUAUUUAUCUUAAUCCGAAUGCAGCUGAAGAGAUUGGGUCGAUUGGAGAAAGUUGUGUACAAUCGGAAUUUCAUUUACCUGCAGGCUUAACACCAUCUGCACGUCGAUAUAUGCUUGAGGUGAGUAAUUCAGGUUUUGGUGGCUUUACUGAAACUACACGACGUGGUAAUGCCAAUGCUGGAACUAUCAGUCGUCUUAACGGAGGUGUUAAUUUCUGCAAUCCGGAGGCGAGAAGUCAAAAUCUCAAUCAAUUACAAAUCUUAUUAAAUGGUCGAAAUAAAGAGCCAAGUGAAGCCUUAGCUGAUCUAAUUAAAGCGCAUUGUUCAACAUCCCCCCUUCCUGUAAUCCGUCAACGGCUUGAAGACUUAGGUGUACAAUUUCAACGUGCCUAUGCUGGACUAAAAACUUCAACUACUACUACUACUACUACUACUACUAGUAGUAGUGACAUCGACGUCAACAGCAACUAG